UCAUGCUUUCGAACUGCAAGCAACCCACCCAACAAACUAACAAAAUGUUCAAGCUCGCUGUUGUCAUCCUGGCCGUCGUUUCCUGCGCUGCUGCCAAGCCAGGACUCCUGAGUGCUCCUCUGGCCUACACCGCUCCUCUGGCUUACUCCGCUCCAGCUGCUGUGGUAGCUGCUCCCGCUCCAGUUGUGACCGCCACCAGCAGCCAGGUGAUCGCCAGGAACUACAAUGGGAUCGCUGCUGCCCCAGUGAUUGCUCCUGUGGCUGCUCCAUUGGCUGCUCCUCUGGCUGCUCCAGUGAUUGCCAAGUACGCAGCUGCUCCUCUGGCUGCUCCAGUGAUUGCCAAGUACGCAGCUGCUCCUUUGGCGGCUCCUUUGGCCUACUCCUCCCCCCUGGCUUACACUGCUCCCCUGAGCUAUGCUGCAGCGCCACUUGUUAUCUAAAAUAUUUAACUGUGAUCGCAUACGACUAAAUACAGAAACAUAAUAUAUAA